UCGCUGCGCACCAGCAGGUGUCACUGUCCAGCGAGGCGGCCAUUGAACACACAGCCACCGGAAACGAACAUCCUGGGCUACAUAACACAAUACAUCACCAAAGCGGUGAUGUUGUGUAACAGCGGGUUUGCUGCAUCAGCAUGCCUGUAGACGGUUCAGAGGACCGGGUGCCCUCCUCGCUCUCCAGCAGCAGUGCUGCUCUUACCCCGGGGGGGACGGACGAGGAUGGGUCGACAAGGGGGUCGGCAAUCUGCUCUUUUCCUGAAAACAGUCAGGGGUCGGAGGCCGCCGCUGCUUAUCCGGCCAACACUGGACCCGGGGAGGGCAACAACGGUGGCAAGAGGUCCGGAGCCUUGCUGCAGAUCGAUCGACAGCGUAUUCAAGCAGCGUCUGCCAGUUCUGGAGCCAAUGAACUCCAGGGUCUUGGUGUGGCCGUCUAUGACCAUGACGUCCUUGAGCAAGGUGUCCUUCAGCAAGUGGACGAGGCAAUUCAGGAGGCCAAUCAGGCUGCUGCUAAAGCUGAGGCCGAAAAGGAAUACCACUCCGUUCUAGAUGAUGUCAGGUCCGUCACUGUGUCUCUUAAACAAAUCAACAAGAUUAUUGAACAGCUGUCUCCGUAUGCUGCCUCCAGUAAAGAUAUCAGUAGGAAGAUCGAAUCUGUCAAACGACAGAAAGAAAAUAAGGAGAAACAGCUUAAGAAAGUCAAAGCCAAACAAAAGCGACUUCAGGCCAUUCUGGGAGGAGAGGAUACCGAAAGGGUAGAAUUAGAGCUUCUGGCAGAGGAUGAGGAUGAAGAGGAAGAGGCCGGUCCCUCCACACUGGGCAGCAUGCUCAUGCCUGCUCAGGAGACCGAAUGGGAGGAGCUUAUCCGGAUGGGACACAUGACUCCUUUUGGAACCCGAAUUCCACAGAAAGAGGAAAAAAAGAAGCCUCGAAAAGUGAUGCUUGCUGAAAACUCAGCCUUUGACCUCUACCUGGCUGACCAGGCCAAGAUGGCUACCGAGAGGAAGAGAGCCCCUCCUCUCAAGAAGAAAAAAAACUCAGGACUCAGUCCCAAUAAAGCCAAGGGAAAGGCUGGAAAUGGAAUUGUUUCCUCUUCCAAGGACAAAAAAAUUAAGAAGCGCAUACGGAAGCUGCAGAUAACGGCUCUCAAGGCCCAUCCUAAGGCGCGGCCUAAGGCCGAGCCAGGGCUGCCGAAACCAAAAGGCAAGCGUCACACUGAGGGCGAGGAGACCGACAGCGAGGGUUCAGAGUACCUGCCCAGUGAUGAAGGCAUUGAUCCCGACCAAGAAGAAAGAGAAGCCAUGGAAGAGGGCUUUGGGGAGGAUGACGAGGAAGAGUACGAGUUGAAAGCGCACAAGAAGAAAAGCGGAGGGAAAGGGAGGAAGAACAAAGAGGACAGUGAAGAUGAAUAUUACCCCGAGAGUUCAGAUGAGAAAGAGGACAAAAAAAACAAAGAUGAUGGAGAUAUAGAGUACUACAGACAGCGAAUACGGAGAUGGAAGCGACAACGUCUUCGAGAAAGGGAGGAAAAGAGGGAAAGAGGGGAGGAGCUUUCUGAUGACAGCGAUGAAGAAUUCGACGAAGGCUUCAAAGUGCCGGGCUUCCUCUGGAAAAAACUUUACAAGUACCAGCAGACAGGUGUGCGCUGGAUGUGGGAGCUCCACUGUCAGCAGUCAGGCGGCAUCCUGGGAGACGAGAUGGGAUUGGGUAAAACCAUCCAGGUCAUCUGCUUUCUGGCUGGACUAAGCUACAGCAAACUGAGGACCAGAGGUUGCAACUACAGGUACGUCGGUCUGGGUCCGACCGUCAUCGUGUGCCCGGCUACGGUGAUGCACCAGUGGGUAAAGGAAUUUCACACCUGGUGGCCCGCUUUCAGAGUGGCUGUGCUACACGAAACUGGCUCGUUCACCAGCAACAAGGAAAAGCUUAUUCCAGAAAUAGCAGAAUGUCAUGGCAUCCUGAUUACGUCUUACUCAGCUGUGAGGAAUAUGCAAGACACUCUGCAGCGUUUCGAUUGGCACUACGUUAUACUGGACGAAGGCCAUAAGAUCCGGAAUCCAAAUGCUGGAGUUACCACUGCCUGCAAACAGUUUCGCACUCCCCACAGGUUCAUUCUGUCAGGCUCUCCCAUGCAGAACAAUUUGAAGGAACUGUGGUCUCUGUUUGACUUUGUCUUCCCCGGCAAACUGGGGACAUUGCCUGUCUUCAUGGAGCAGUUCUCUGUGCCAAUCACCAUGGGAGGAUACAGCAACGCCUCAGCGGUGCAGGUCCAAACUGCGUUUAAGUGUGCGUGCGUGCUGAGGGACACCAUCAAUCCUUACUUGCUCAGACGAAUGAAGGCAGACGUCAAGGCCAACCUCUCCUUGCCUGACAAAAAUGAACAGGUUCUGUUUUGCAGGCUAACAGAGGACCAGCGGCAGGUGUAUCAGAGCUUCUUAGAUUCCAAAGAGGUCUACAACAUGCUCAACGGGGACAUGAAGAUAUUCUCAGGUUUGAUAGCACUGCGUAAGAUCUGUAACCACCCAGACCUUCUCUCCGGCGGUCCCCGUAUUUUGAGGGGGAUCCCAGAAGACCAGCUAACCAAAGAGGAACACUUUGGCUUUUGGAAGCGCUCAGGCAAGCUGAUUGUCGUGGAGUCUUUGCUGCGACUCUGGUUCAAACAGGGCCACCGAGUCCUGCUCUUCUCUCAGUCUAGACAGAUGUUGGACAUCUUGGAGGUAUUUGUUACGGAGAAUGAGUACUCGUACGUGAAAAUGGACGGCACUACCACAAUAGCUUCCCGACAGCCUCUCAUAGCUCGGUACAACGAGGACAAAUCCAUCUUUAUCUUCUUGUUGACCACUAAAGUCGGAGGUCUGGGAGUCAAUCUGACUGGAGCCAAUAGAGUCAUAAUUUACGACCCGGACUGGAACCCGAGUACCGACACACAGGCAAGAGAGCGAGCAUGGAGGAUCGGCCAGAAGCAGCAAGUGACGGUCUACAGAUUGCUGACUGCAGGGACCAUUGAGGAGAAGAUUUACCACAGGCAAAUCUUCAAACAGUUUCUGACCAACCGUGUCCUGAAGGACCCCAAACAAAGAAGGUUCUUUAAGUCUAAUGACAUCUACGAGCUCUUCACACUGUCUGACCCUGAUGGAGCUCAGGGAACCGAGACCAGUGCCCUAUUUGCAGGUACAGGUUCUGAUGUCAAGGCACCCAAGAAACCUCAGAGGCCAAUUCCAUCACACGCUGUAAACCCUGGCAGUCCCCUACAUAAACACUCCCUAGCAGACCACCACAAAACACACCGCCAAAGCACCAACCAAAAUACACCGUGCACAAGACAAAAUAACAGAGACUGGGACGGAGUUAAGCCGGCGGUGAAAAACUCCUCCAGCUCUCAACAAGUCCGAGACAAAGAGGCGUCGCUGAUCAGCCCACAGAAACACCGGGAAAAGAGGAAGCACUGCGACUCCGUUGACUCGGACAAGCUCAAACAUAAGAAGCGUAAGCACUCCAAGGACUCUCGGUGUGAAGGCCACCGCAUCUCCCACUUGGUGAAGAGAAGAACCUUUCGGAAAGGGGAAGACAGCGAGACGGAGAAGAAAUCGGAUGAUUACGUCUUGGCAAAGCUCUUCAAGAAAUCCGGUAUCCACAGUGUCAUGCAGCAUGAUACCAUAAUGGAGUCCUCCAACCCUGACUACGUUCUUGUGGAAGCGGAAGCCAACCGGGUGGCCAAAGAUGCACUGAAAGCGCUCAAAGUGUCCCGCCAGCAGUGCAGGCUGUCCUUCAGUAGACCCCCUCCUCCGCCCGCAAGGAAAAGAUUUGGGCAAAAGAAUAAUUCUCUGCUGGUGGCACCGUUGUCUCAGUCCGUCCCGAAUCUAAGCAAAUGCAAGGAUGCCGCUAUCGUAAAGAAGUCCUUGUCAAAGAAGCCUGGCUCGGGGGCUCACUUCAGCGGGGAGGGCGCGGACAGUGACUCAAACUCCGCCCCGCUCUCGUCCUCCUCCCUGCUGGCCAAGAUUAAAGCCCGUAAUCACCUCAGCGUGCCCUCCGGUCAAAGAGAAGAAGCAGAAGAAGAGCAGGAGGACUCUGCAGCUCCUGGGACGAGCUCCGCCCCAGCUCCACCCACCGAGCAUGACGAGCUGUUGGUGGACGUACGCAACUUCGUGGCCUUCCAGGCCAAUGUGGACGGACAGGCCAGCACCCAGGAAGUGCUGGAGUAUUUCAAACCGAGGCUGACGGAGAAACAGGCGCCCGUCUUCAGAGAGCUGCUCAGGAGCAUCUGUGACUUCCAGAGGACUUCUGGUCAGGAAGGCAUCUGGAGACUGAAAGAGCACUUCCGCUGAAAGGGGAAGCCUGAAAUGUGAUGGAUGUUGUUUGAGUGUGUAGAGUUCAAGCCUAAAACAUCUUUCUUUUUGUUAUUAUUUAAUAAGAUUUUUGUAUAUGUUGUCCAAUUGAAACAUCUACACUGAUCAAACUUGAGAGAAAUUGGUUUGUUAAGGUUGGACCAUAUUAAGACGUUUUACAGUGUAACAAACUGUGGGCUUAGCUGAUAAACUCGGGUUAUUAUCAUAUAUUUAUCUAUAUCUUGGUGGAAAAGAGUGUUGCAAUGUGAGUUGGUUUAAGAUGUGUGUUGAUUCAGAAAUUGAAAUUGCUUCCGUUAGUGUUGUUCCUGGUUAUACUUGAAUUCAGUUAAUACUGUGUAACCGUGUUAUUGAGCCGUUCAGGGGAAUAUGUUGUGGUGUUUGCUCUCAAACGCUUGUCAGAUUGUGUAAUAUGCUUCUAUAGGAUGUAAUAGGUGAGGUCACUAUGCAUAAAUUCUCCCCCGACAAUAGGGAGCGCUUCACUUUUGUAAAUAUGACUACACAGAUCUUAGUAUAGCUUUUGUAACGACCAAUGGUUCUUUCUGACUUCAAAUGAGCUACCUCACAUUAUUUGUGGAAAUUGUCAAAAAACAACAAUUUUUCUGCCAUCUUAUAAAUUGUUGUAUUUUUAUUAUAAAUACUACACCUUUAA